AUGGUGAAUAAUAAAAUUCGUGGUACUUUUCCCUUUUAUUCCUUUGAUUCAAAUUAUGAUAAAAGGACACUUUAUGGAUUCUUUAGAUUUGUUUCUUUAACUGUAUAUAUUAUUGGAACCUUAUAUCUAUCAUUAAAUAAUUCAUAUGAAUGUAAUACUUCGGAAAUAAUAUUAUUUGAUAAUGUAAUUUCAAGAAAAUUAGCUGAGGUAUGCACUCAGAAUUACUCAGGGUUAGGAAAUGAAAAUAUUAAAAAUAGUUAUGAAGAAAAUACAGAGAUUACCAAAAGUUGCUGUAAAAAUGAUAUUAAAACAUGUAAUGAGGGAAAUGAACAUAAUGAAUCUCAAACGAGCCAAGAUGAUGUUGAUAUCACAAAACAAUUGACAAGAGAACAAUUACAUGAUAUAGUAAAUUCUUUAGGAGAAAUCCCAUCAAGGGAAUUUCUUUUAAAUUUAUGGAAACAAACACUCGAGGUGAGUAAAGACGGAUUAGAACCUCGUAGAGCUGAAUUAGGUGAAUACAAAGAAAAAUAUGGAGAAGGUUAUGAAUAUAACACAAGGAAUAAAAAGAAAUCAAAAAAAACAAAUUAUCAUAAGGAAUUUGACCAACGAUUAUCAAUUCAUGAAAAUGAUUAUACGAAUAAAUUUAAAACAUUGAUUGAAGGAAGCUUAACAGUUAAUGAAUUAAGAUCCUUUAUCUUUUUAUUCAUAGCAUUUUUUCAUAAUUUGAUAGAUUACCUUUUUCAUAGAUAUAAAAUUAAAUAUAUACAAGUAGGUAUGGCUAUACCUACAAAAGGAACAAUUGAUGAAACACUAAAAGAAAAACAAGAACGAGAAGAAGAAGAAGGAUUUGAAGAAAAUCUUCAUGAAGACCUAGGAGAAAACAUCGCAGAAAACCAAGAAUAA